CAUGGAGGCGCGCUCACCUUCCAGCUCGUGAUGACACUUAGGAUGUGGAUGCUGCUGCUUCUGUGCGCCUUGGUGGGGGCGUGGGGGUUGGAGGAAGCUCAGAAGCUGCAGGCUCUCCACUGCCCCCCCUGCGAGAGGAUCCACUGCUCCACCCGGCGGGCGCUCAGGCUCCAGUGUAAGGGGGGGGUCACCACAGGAGUGUGUGGGUGCUGCCCCGUGUGCGCCAAAACAGAGGGGGAGACCUGCGGGGGCACUUGGGACCACCUGGGUAAAUGUGACGAGGGGCUGGUAUGCGUGGUGGAGGCAGAUGAGGGGGAAGAUGUGGAGCGCAAAGGGACCUGCAAGUCAGUGCUUGAAGAUCUGGAUCCAGAGAGCUGCCAGCCGGAGUGCACCAAGGAGUACUGUCGGGCCAACCCCUUUGCUGUCUGCUCUGCCAGGUUUGCAUCUGUAGAGAAGAAAGCAUGUCAGGAUUCCUGUCAGCACACUCCCUGUUCCAGCUGCCUCAUGCUGACCCCCCCGUCCUGCCCACACGCCUGCAGCCCCACAGACUCCACCUGCCUGCAACACUUUGGGAAAUGUGUGCACAGUCACCUGAGAAUGCGGCCUCAUGUGUGCCACAGUGACCUGCAGAAAAAUAGCGACGGACACUUUAUGUGUUUGCUCCCAGCCUGCUCAAACCCUUCCAAGUAGUUCACAAAGGGAAAACUUUACCGGCUCAUGUAGCAACAAUAACAAAAGGCAGCUAUCUUUAAACUUUGUGAAUAAGUCAAAAUUACUGUACCGCACAAAUGUAAUAUAGACUAUAUUUUAUAAAAAAUAAAAUCAUGAGUGUGGACUUGUAAAGAGAUGAAAAGAAAAAAGUUUUGCUGGAUAGAUACUCUUUUUUUUUUACUGGUUAUUGACUCAAUUGUUGAAUUUUUCUAAUGUUAUAAAACCUUCCUUGUAAGGAAAAAAAUAUUUUUGUACAACAAACAAGUGAAUAUUCUAAAUAAAUAAAAAGAUUUCAAACUCAUUAAGCACUAAGUUUUUCAAAUAAAACAUUGAACACUAAAUGUCCAAUUACUUUUUAUUCUCUGGUUAUUGUUUUUCACAGGUUGAUUAUCUUUUAAUGCUUUCUUUACUUAUUAUUUGACUUUUAAUGUGUGUUUAAAUCCACUGUGUGUGAUCCGAUGGGUGAGGGCGCAAUGGUCUGUCACAUCAUUUCCCUGGGGAUCAACAAAGCAUUAAAAAAAAUUCAGUAAUAAAUUCAAUAUUAGAGCUACGCGGUGGUGUAGUGGUUAGCACUCUUGCCUCACAGAAAAAAGGCCCUGGUUUAAAUCAGGGCCUUUUAAUUUCUGUGUGGAGUUUGCAUGGUUGUUCCAAUGCAUGCUUUGAAUUUCUCUGCGUAGUAACAAAAAAGAUAAAAACAAAAAAACACAAGAUAAUUCUAAGUUGUUCCUAAGUGUGCAUGUGAGAGUGUAUGAUUGUGCGACAGACUGGUGACCUGUCCAUGGUGUAUUUUGUCUUUGCCAAACAGUGGCUGGGAUAGGCUCCAGCCUCCCAGUGACCCCAAAAGAGAUUGAGCGAGUUCAGAAAAUGGGUGGAUGGAUGGAGUUCAACAUUCAUCAAAUAUUUGGGGAAAAUUCUGGCUAUAAUAAAUCUCAAAAUCCACCAAAAAUGACUUACAAUAUGGACACUAAUUUGUUAUCUGCGAGUCCUGAAGCAAGAUUCCCCCAAAGGGGUUUCUAGAAGCUGAAAGGUUUGCUGCUUCCUAUUUUAACCCUUGUGCUAUCUUAGAUGACCCCACCCUUACAUUGACGUGUUAUUCCUACCAUGACAAAGGUGAAUAAAGGUGGAAAGAUUUCAUGUAAUCCAAGAAAGUUGUCAGAUUUUGUUGUGAUUGUUGAAAGAAAAAAAACCACAAUGUAUUACUUUUGUCGUCUGUAUUACUGUAAUGUUAUACUGGCCUCUGGCAUUUGUUUUCCUGGCUUUUUUUUUUAUUGUUCUUCAAGAGAACUUUUAACAGCACUAGCACAUGAGUCUGCAUCCUGAGGCUCCGGAACCACAUGCAGCUCCUUUAUCCCUCUAUUGUGGCUCUUCUUUUUUAAAAGAAAAAUGCUAACAAACUGAAUAAAUAAUUGUUGUUGUUUUUUUUUUAUUA